GGCUCCAUCAGGUGGAAUUCGCCCUCUGUCAGAUGAGCUGAUCGAGUUUCUUCAAAGACACACAGUUCCGGCUGCAGGAGAAUGUGUGUUGUCCAUGGGUGUGAGUCGGCUUGAUGUUCUGUACCGCAGGCUUCUCCUCACCAAACUCUUCAUCCGCGGAUGGGGGAAGCCGGAGGAUCUUAAGAGAAUAUUCGAGUUCCGGAAGAUUAUUGGCGACAGGGAGAAAUGCAAGAGUCUGGUAGAGAGAGAUUACCCCAUAUUUAUCGACAAGGUAGAAGAUCAGGCUGAUUGCAAAAUCCACAGCGGUCACUUCAUAUCUCCGCUGGAGCACUUUGUCCCGGGCAUCCUGCCAGCCGAAUCCGUCAAAGCCCGAUUCCAGUUUAUUGUGCCCAAGAGAUGGAAGAAGCACAGACCUGUGUGUAUUCACCUGGCUGGAACAGGAGACCAUUUUUUCUGGAGAAGACGAACACUAAUGGCCAGGCCGAUGGUUAAAGAAUCAGGGAUGGCGUCUCUUCUGCUGGAGAAUCCGUAUUACGGAUACAGAAAACCCAAAGACCAGCUUCGCUCGAGUCUGAAGAACGUGUCAGACCUGUUUGUGAUGGGCGGAGCGCUGAUUCUGGAGUCGGCUGCGCUUCUGCACUGGCUGGAGAGAGACGGAUUCUGGCCACUGGGCAUGACUGGCAUCUCUAUGGGUGGACAUAUGGCUUCGUUAGCUGUUACCAACUGGCCCAAACCCAUUCCUCUCAUACCGUGUUUAUCCUGGACGACUGCUUCAAGUGUUUUUACCACAGGUGUUUUAAGUCGAGCGGUGAACUGGAGAGAGCUGGAGAAGCAGUACGCGACACACACUGUCUAUGAGGAGGAAAUCAUCAGCAUGCUGGAGUAUUGUGGGACAGACUCUUUCCGCAUGGGGCAGGAGUUUGUGAAAAAUGCCCCAGGCAGUUUUGAUGGUCUGGAUUUGACUCAGGAGCUUCUGCAGAGCGGGCAGCAGGUGGCGCUGCGCUCCUCCUAUUCUGGACGUCCCGCUUCAGACCAAGACUCGUCUGUGCUGAUGGGUCGGCGGGAGCGGGAUGGUCUGGAUCAGAUGCUGUCCGCCGUUAGCAGCAGCGCUCCACAUUUAGACAUGCUACACGCUAAGAGCAUCGCCUGCGGAUCGGGACAGCGGCAGUCACUGCAGCGCGAGUCUCUCUGCUUCAUGAAGGGCGUAAUGGAUGAAUGCACACACAUCGCCAACUUUUCAGUGCCUGUAGAUCCCAGUCUGAUCAUUAUAGUCCAGGCAAAGGAAGACGCGUAUGUUCCCCGCACUGGAGUCCGCAGUUUACAGGAGAUCUGGCCCGGCUGCGAGGUCCGAUACCUCAACGGAGGACACAUCAGCGCUUACCUCUUCAAACAAGGACUGUUUCGACAAGCCAUUUACGAUGCCUACGAGCGGUUUCUUCACAAGUAUUCCAGCUUAUAGCCGUGGAUUUUGUGGUACCAAGUACCAGCAAGAUGCAUUUUGAAAGUAUGACGUGGAGAGAGAAACCCUGAAUAUGAUGAACGUGAUUUUUACAGAAGACCUGGUGCUACCGAAAGGAAAAAGUGUGUAAAACUCAAUGACUGAAGCCAACAGUAACAGAUGCUUGUCUUCCUGACCUCAAUGCCUUUAAUCAUCAUGACUGAAAAGUACUUCACUAAACCAAAGAUGUGCCUCCAAAUCAUCAUUCACUCAUCCUGGUGUCUUUAAACCUCCUCGUGAAGCAGAUCUCUGAAAACAUCAUAUUUUGAAUUGUUGGAUAAAUGCAUUUCAGCUGUCGCCAUCUGUAUUGUUGUUCCACUAUCAUUGAAUAUUCAACCUUUUUUAGAGCAACUUUUUUAUGCAUCAACAAAAAUGGCCUCAUCAAAGCCAUGCUAUUUUUUAAAUAUUGCAGAGAUAUUU